AUGGCCGUCAACGACACUCCUGCUCAGCCAGUCUCCGUUGAAGAGCUGACCAAUAUCACCACCAAGGCCUGCCGUAGCGCUCUCAAAGACACCACUGAGUACGACCACGCUAAAGCUAGUCAAUGGAAUUCCGAUAUUAUCAGCACUACCCUUCAAGGGCUUAUCGCCGCCACCGCCCCAUCUGAUUCUUCCAAGCCAGCACCUUAUCGUUUCACUGUGAACAGCACAAUUGUGCAGCAGGGUCUGAUUGAAAAGUCCGCCGCCGCCGAUGGCACUCAGAGCAACGCCGGCAAGCGCGGUCUGCACUCCGCUUCCGGUGCCUUCUGGGAUGUGAAGCGCGACGGUAUGUGGACAUACAAGUACGAAGGUGCCGAGGAGCAGGGUCUGGAUGUUGUUAUCAGUAUCACUUGGUUCUCAGUGAACUAA